AUGGGGGCAAGGAUGCUUCUACAGAUUGCUGUGGGCCUGGCCUUGCUCAAGGUCCUCCAUGCUACAGCACCCACUGGCCAGGUGUUCAUCACAGCUUUCAUGCAAAACUACAAAUUGGACUAUUCUGAAGCUCAGUUCCAGCUUUUUAUCUCAGGUCACUUACCUUCCACCCUUGUCUCCGUUUGGAUCUGCAAACUCUAUCAGAUGAGUAAGCUGACCAUCUUUCGGGGUCAGACUGCAGUGGUGAAGAUUCCAACUUAUCUGGAGAUGGGUGGCACUGCUAAAUUGUGCAAGACAGUCAUGGUGAAAUCAAGUGGCCAUGUCACCGUGUUGGCCUUCAGCUCAAAGAAGAAUUCAGCUGACACUAUGGUUGUCUACCCUGUCAAUCAGCUAGGAGUGGAAUACUAUGUCCUCACACCUCUGGGAGAGUUUCCAAACACAUACAAGGAAUUCUCUGUCAUUGCAUGGGAAAAGCAAACAAAAGUGGAAAUCCACCUCAAGGGUAAGGUGAGUUUUCGGAAGAAGACCUAUCCAGCAGGUAGCAAGCUGAAUGUUGUUCUUUCACCCUAUGAAGCCAUUCAGCUCCAGAGCCUUGAAGAUCUCUCUGGCACUUUCAUCAAAUCAGAGAAGCCUGUGGCAGUGCUGAGUGGGCAUACUUGUGCCCAAAAGAAUACCCACUGCAAUCAUGUGAUGGAACAACUGUUGCCAGUGCCUAUCUGGGGCCGGGUCUUCAUUAUUCCCCCACUGUCCUUCCAGAUGAAUUUUGACCUUGCAUAUGUAGUUGCUUCCCAGACCACCUCACUCACUUGUGUCUCUGGUGGAUUGCAUAGAAACUACAACCUUGUGGCUGGGCAGGUGCUUCAGCUGAAAGUCACCCAUUCUAGUCCCAUCUAUAUCACAGCCAACGUUGGCAUCCAGGUCUUCCUCUUCUGCACCGGUGGUAUCCAUUCUCAUCUCAAUUUUGACCCCUACUUCAUUAGUAUCCCUGACACAUCCAGGUAUUGUAGACACUACUCUGUUAAGGAACAGGUAAACUUUGAGAAUUAUGUGCACAUCAUUGCAAAGACCACUGCCAUCGGUGGUAUCACAAUAGACAAACACUCAUUGGGUGUUGUUUCUUGGAGACCGAUUCCAGGAACAGAAUAUUCCUGGAGUGAAUAUUACCUUGGGGAGGAAGGAACAAGUCAUGAACUAUUUGAUCCAGUUAACCACUUUGGUGUGCUAAGUUUUGGCCUUGCUGAGAGGAAUGCCUACGGUUCAGCCGGACUCUGCAAAACAGACCUACAGCAUUUCCCACCAUCUUCCUGUCGCUCCAUUCGGUGCCAGAAGAAUCAUUUUUGCCAGAUGAUUAAUGACAAACCAAUAUGCAUGUCCAGCUCUACAGCCACCUGCAGGGCCCAGGGCGACCCUCACUACCAGACUUUUGAUAAGCGGCAAUACAACUUCAUGGGCACUUGCACCUACACCAUGGCCAAGACCUGUGGGCCGGAUGCAACUUUCCCAGCCUUCCAUAUCACAGCCAAAAAUGAGAAGCGGGGCACUCAGAGUGUGUCCUAUGUUGGGCUGGUGAUGGUCCAGGUUUAUGGUUAUAACAUAAGCGUGGCCAGAAGCGAAUAUGGCCUAGUCAGGGUGAAUAAUCAGCGGUCCCGGCUGCCCAUCUCCCUGCAUGAUGGGAGACUGAGGCUCUACCAGAGAGGGACCUCUGUCUUCGUUGCAACUGACUUUUCCCUGUGGGUCUCCUAUGACUGGAACAGCCAGCUGUUGGUGAAGAUCUCCAGAAGCUUCUCUGAGAAAAUCUGUGGUCUGUGUGGUAACUACAAUGGGAACCCCACCGAUGAUUUUAGGACCCCAAGUGGGUCUUUGGCCCUCAGCCCUGAAGAAUUCGGAAAGAGCUGGAAGGUGGAGGAUGGAGACAAGCUCUGCUGGAGUGAUUGCCGUGGAGAAUGCAGCGAGGUCACCACGAAUAUGCUGAAGAAAUACAAAGCGGAACCUUUCUGUGGCUGGAUCAGCAAGAGAAAGAACGGUCCAUUUAGCCAAUGUCACCCCCUUGUUGAUCCCAAGAUCUUUCUUGAAAACUGUGCCUAUGACCUGUACAUCUAUAAAGGCCACCAAGAGGUGUUAUGCCAAGCACUGAAGAGCUACGCUGAUGCCUGCCAGAGUGAAGGCGCAACCUUAUCAGAUUGGAGGAGACUUACAGGCUGCUCUCUGUCCUGCCCUGAGAACAGCCAAUACAUGCUCUGUGGCUCGGCCUGUCCUGCCACUUGCAACAACCAAGCUCUUCCUCCCGACUGCAACUCUUCGCAGUGCAUGGAGACCUGCGAGUGUAAUGAGGGCUUUGUGUUGGACGCUGGGCAAUGCAUCCCACAGGCUGCCUGUGGGUGUCUCUUUGAAGACCGCCUCUUAUCUCCCAAUGAGCAGUUCUGGGGGGACAGCACCUGCACGAGGCACUGCAUCUGUGACCCGCGAAGCAGGCAAGUGCAAUGCCAGCCUGCCAGCUGCAAGGAUGGGCAACAAUGCAAAGUGGAGAAUGGCUUACAGGACUGCUAUCCAACAGACUACGCCAAGUGCUCUGCCUUUGGAUACUCUCAUUAUCACAGCUUUGAUGGGCAGAGUUUUAACUUCCAGGGCACCUGUCUCUACACAUUAACAGGACUCAGCAAGAAGAGCCAAGGUUUGAUUGACUUCCAGGUCUUGGUCCAGAAUGCAGGCCAAGUGGGUGGACCCAUAUCCCUCAACAAGCUGGUCAAGGUUCAGGUCUAUGGCCUGGAGAUAUUGGUCAGCUGGGCUUAUCGUGGAAGAGUCAUGGUGAAUGGCUUGCUGACCAACUUGCCCUACAAGAGGGGCCUGGACCAAAUCCUCAUCUACCAGAAAGGCUGGCAUGCUGUGAUUCGAACUGAUUUUGACGUCACCAUCACCUUUGACUGGCAAAGUCACGUUACAGUCACUGUGCCCAACACCUACAAAGAUGCUCUUGGAGGUCUCUGCAGCAACUUCAAUGGACACAGACAAGAUGACUUGAUCUCCAGGGAUGCCAUGCCAGCAGCAAAUCCAACAGCCCUUGGUCAGCGCUGGAAGGUCGCAGAAUCGCCAGGAUGUAGAGAGUUGAACCCAAAGGUGUGUCCAGACUUCCAAAGAGUUGCUCAGCAUCAGCGAAGCACCAGUGUGGAAUGUGGAGUCCUUGUGGACAAGAGGGGCCCAUUCAGGGGGUGCCAUGGCACAAUCAACCCGGAAGUGUUCUUCCUGGACUGCGUGUAUGAUUACUGUACUUACGGUGGCCGGCAAGCUGUGCUGGUGCAUGUCGUUGCUGCGUAUGUUGCAGCCUGUCAAGCCAUGCAGGUGACCAUAUACGCCUGGAGGGACCACCUACUUUGGAAGCCAACCUGUCUCCAGAACAGCCACUACGAACUCUGCACUGAAAGCUGCCAGCAGGCUUGCAGUAGCCUCCAUUGGCCUUUGCUGUGCUCUACACACUGCACGGAAGGGUGUUUCUGCGACAAAGGCUUCAUGCUCAGCGGAGACCGUUGUGUCCCCAUGGAUCAGUGUGGCUGCAUGUACCAAGGCCAAUACUAUUUGGCUGGGGAAACCUUCUUCCCAACCAGCAAAUGCAACCUGGAAUGUGUGUGCCAAGUUGGUGGAGCUGUGACAUGCAAGGAAUUCUCCUGUGGUCCCUACGAGGAGUGCAGGGUUGUGGACGGGACCCGGAAAUGCCACCCAGUUGGUUUGGCCACAUGCACUGCCUAUGGCGAUCCCCAUUACAUCUCCUUUGAUGGAGUCCGCUUUGAUUUCCAGGGCACCUGCACCUACAUCCUUGCCAAGGCUGUCCUCACAGGCAAGAGGGACCUGACUCCUUUUACUGUCAUGCAGGAAAAUGAGACCUGGAAGAAGAAGAACGUAUCAGUCACAAAGAUGGUGUCUGUGGAGGCCUAUGGCAACACAGUGGCCUUGCUGCAGAAGAAAAAGGGAGUGGUCAAGGUGAAUGGCAUAUUCCAGUCUCUCCCCGUAGUCCUUUCUGAUGGGCGUCUCACAGCCUAUCAGCAGGGCACUAACGUCCUGAUCAAGACAGAGUUUGGCCUUCUUGUGAGUUACAAUCUUGUUUACCGUGUGACAAUCACCAUUCCAAGCAAAUACAGGGGCCAUGUAGAAGGCCUCUGUGGGAACUACAAUGAGCAAAAGAAGGAUGAGUUUCUCCUUCAGGAUGGCACACUGGCUUCGGAUGCAGCUGCCUUUGGCGCUGCCUGGAAGGUUCCAGUCCCUGGAGCAGAAGGAUCCUGCUCCGACGGGUGCUCUGGGAGCAGCUGCCCAGUCUGCGAGGAGAGGAAGAAGGCCAUCUUCAAACAGCGCAACUACUGUGGGAUCCUCACCGCCUCGGAUGGCCCCUUCAGGGCUUGCCACAGCAAGGUGGACCCCAGUGUGUACUUUGACAACUGCAUCUACGAUGUGUGCCUGGGCAAUGGGGAGAGCCUGAUCUUGUGCCAGAGCAUCCAGAGCUACGUGUCCACCUGCCAAGAGGCUGGGGUCUCUGUGGAACCCUGGAGGAACCCAUCCUUCUGCCCUCUGCAUUGCCCAGCCAACAGCCACUACCAGCUCUGUGCCGACCUCUGCUCCACCAGCUGCGCCAAGAUCACGGACCCCCAGCCAUGUCCGGAGACGUGCACUGAGGGCUGCCAGUGCGACGACGGCUUCUUCUUUGACGGUCUCGGCUGCGUUCACGCAGAAAGCUGCGGUUGCUUCCACAACGGACGCUACUACAAGCCCAAUGAGACGGUUCUGCUGAAUAACUGCCAAGAGAGCUGCCGCUGCAUCCCAAGCCAAGGAGUAACUUGUGAAGCCCACAGCUGUGCCCGUGAUGAGACCUGCAAGAUCCAGGAUGGAGUCCUGGGUUGCUUUCAUAAGGAUCCGUGUAAGGCCUUGCACUGUCGACAGCAGGAAACAUGCAAAAUUGAGAAUGGACUGGCCAAAUGUGUCCCCAACUUCAACGGAAGCUGCUGGGGCUGGGGGGAUCCACACUACCACACCUUUGACGGAAUGGACUUCGAUUUCCAGGGCACCUGCUCUUACACCAUUGCCAAGUACUGUGGAAGCGACCCUACAUUGGUUCCUUUCACCAUAGUUGAGAAGAACGACAACAGGGGCAACCAGGCCGUGUCCUAUGUGAGCCUGGCCAACAUCUUUGUCUAUGGGUACAAGAUCUCCAUCUACAAGCAGGAAGUUGGAAGAAUCAGGUUAAAUGAUGCCAUUUUCAGCCUGCCGUUGACUCUUGAAGAGGGAAAGAUCCGACUGUUCCAGAGCGGCCCCAGUGCUGUCCUGCAAACCGAGUUCGGCCUCCAAGUGACGUAUGACUGGAAGUGGCACCUGGUGAUCACCCUCCCCAGCAGCUACUACAAUGCCAUGUGUGGCCUAUGUGGCAAUUUCAACCGGGACCCAAGGGAUGACAUGGCCCUUCCCAAUGGGACCAUGGUGUCCUCCGUCACAAGCUGGGCCAGCAGCUGGAGAGUCAAGGACCGAGACCCCUUCUGCUGGGAUUCCUGCCAGGGCAACUGCCCAACCUGUGAUGAGAGCAAGAAGGAACUGUAUGGAAGCAACGCGCACUGCGGAAUCAUCAGGAAUGCCUCAGCUGGGCCCUUCAGAGAAUGCCAUGCCAAAGUGAACCCAGAUGACUUCUUUGACAGCUGCAUUUACGAUGUGUGCUUGAAUGGUGGGGCCCAGGGCUUCCUCUGCCAGGCACUGGAGGCCUACGCAAAAACCUGCAGGAAAGCAGGUGCCCUGAUCUACGACUGGAGGACCCCAUCUGGCUGUGCUUUGCAGUGUCCCGAGAACAGCCACUACGAGUUCUGUGGGAAUGCCUGCCCGGCCAGCUGUUCGGACCGCACGGCUCCCUCCACCUGCCAGGAGCCCUGUGUGGAGACCUGCCAGUGCGACGAGGGCUACGUCCUCAGCGCCGACAAGUGUGUGCCCACAGGCAGCUGUGGCUGCACCUACAAUGGCUUCUACUACAAGCCCGGGGAGGAAUUCUGGGCUGGUGGGAACUGUGGUUCCCGCUGCACGUGUGAUUCCACUCUGGGGAUAGUGGUCUGCAAGCCAGCCAGUUGCCAAGCUAAUGAGCAAUGCGCUCUGGUCAACGGGGUCUGGGGCUGUCACCCCGUCAGCUAUGCUACGUGUUCAGCAUCUGGAGACCUUCACUACACAAGCUUUGAUGGAAGGAGGUAUGAUUUCAUGGGAACCUGUAUCUACCAGCUGGUAGGACUUUGCUCUGAUGACCCGACUCUCAAGCCUUUCACUAUCAAUGUGGAGAACAAUAACCGAGGCAACAAGAAGGUGUCCUACACAAAAGUGGUAACAGUGGAGGCCUACAAUCUGAGCAUUGUGCUGAGCCAGGAGCAUCCACGUAGGAUCCAGGUCAAUGGCGCUUUUGCAAACCUGCCUUUCUACCAUGGGGACAAGAUAAAGGCUUACCUCCAUGGAAUGGAGGUGUUCAUCCAGACUGAUUUUGAUGUGACGGUGGUCUUUGACUGGAAGAGUUACGUCAGAGUCAUGGUGCCCAGCACUUACACCAAUGCUGUGUGUGGUCUCUGUGGCAACAAUAACCGGGACCCGAAGGAUGACUUUGCCAUGAAGGAUGGCAGCCAGGCACCGAGUGCAUCUCAAUUUGCCGAGAGCUGGAAGGUGGCUGAGGUCCCUGGUUGCUCAGUGGGCUGCACUGACGACUGCCCAGCCUGUGGAGAUGCCCAGAAGGAAGCCUAUGAGGGUGAGCAAUACUGCGGCAUCCUCAUCAAAAAGGAUGGGCCAUUCCGGCAAUGCCACGGGACCAUUGACCCAACACCCUACUUCAUUGACUGUGUCUUUGAUACCUGCCAGUACCAUGGUCAGCAUGAUGCUCUGUGCCGUGCCAUCAGCGUUUAUGUGGCUGCCUGCCAAGCCUUGGGCGUUCAGAUUGGACCAUGGAGAACAGACUCUUUCUGCAGCCCUGCCUGUUGGCUGAACUCUCACUAUGAGCUCUGCGGAAAUGGCUGCCCUGUCACUUGCCAUGGGCUCUCUGCUCCAGCCGGCUGCGUGGCCUCAUGCAAAGAGGGCUGCUAUUGCGAUGCUGGGUUCGUCCUGAGUGGGGACCAGUGCGUUCCUCUGGGUGACUGUGGCUGUAUGCACCAGGGGAAGUACUACAAGAAGGGAGAGUACUUCUACCCCAGCUCCUCCUGCCAGGAGCAAUGCCAGUGCACUGAGAAUGGGGUUGUUGAAUGCCAGGAAACCUCCUGUGGUCCCCACGAAGAAUGCAAGGUGCAGGAUGGCAUCCAAGGCUGCCAUCCAGUGGGCUGUGGCAACUGCCGUGUGGCCGCAGGUUCCCAUUACUUGACCUUUGAUGGCCGGGCCUACGACUUCCACGGUACCUGCUUGUAUGCCUUAAGUACAGUUGCCGGCAAGGAUUCUCGGUUAGCAAACUUCUCUGUGCUUGUGGAGAAUGACAGGUCCCUGACAAAGUCUGUUGUGGUCUCAGUUCAUGGCUACACUGUCGUCAUUGAGAAGGGAAUGAAGUGGCAGGUCAAGGUGAACGGGGAACGUUACACCUUGCCAAUGACUACCAGUGCUGGGAGACUCUGGGCCAACCAGGAAGGGAGCAACAUCAUCGUUCAGUCUGACUUCGGCCUCAAAGUCCUUUAUGAUUCCUCCUCCUAUGUCCUCGUGUUUGUGCCCAGCACCUACCAGGGGCAUGUCGGGGGCUUGUGCGGUAAUUUCAAUAAGGACAAAACAGAUGACUUCACUCUGCCCAGUGGAGAAAGCACACAGAACGUUGACCAAUUUGGUGCUUCAUGGAAGGUUCCCCUGGAGGGAACAGGCUGUUCAGAUGGCUGUGGUGAGAAAUGCCCUGUCUGUGGGUCACAGCAGACAGCGCCAUACACUCCCAAGAGCUCCUGCGGAAUGAUCCAAGCCAUGUCAGGCCCAUUCAAAGGCUGCCAUGCCUUCGUGGAUCCUGCAGAGUACUUUGGCCACUGCCUCUACGAUAUGUGUGCUUCCAACGGUGCCAUGGAGUCCCUCUGUCGGAGCCUUCAGGCAUACGUGGCGGCCUGCCAAGCUGCUGGUGCUACCAUCGAGGCCUGGAGAAAUAGCAGCUUCUGCCCUCUCACCUGCCCGUCCAACAGCCAUUACAGUCUGUGUACCAGGACUUGUGAUUUCACCUGCACCAGUUUGUCUACAUCAGGGCAGUGCACAGAGAAAUGCUUUGAAGGCUGCCAGUGUGACAGCAGCUAUCUGUUUGAUGGCAACAGAUGUGUGGCGAUGGAGGACUGCGGCUGUGUGUAUGAUGGAAGAUACAUCAAGGCUGGAGAAAGUCUUGUCUUGGAAGGCUGUCUGAGGAAGUGCACUUGUCGCGCAUCAGGCCGGCUCACCUGCGAGGACACCAGCUGCCAGCUAGGGGAGAUAUGCGCCAUCCAUGAUGGUGUGCGUGGCUGCAGGGGUCCCGAGGGCGAGUGUGCCCUCACCCCUGGUGCACGGCUGGUCUCCUUCGAUGGUGUCUCCGGGGAGAUCCUCCACAAGGGGGUGUAUGACGUGGCUUCCCUUUGCAACGAGAGUGACCCCUUUUGGUUCAGGAUCGUGGCAGUAGUCCAGGAAUGCAACGAUUGGGAUUUGCCAGCAGUAUCAACCAUACACAUAUUUUUCCAAGGAGGCUUCAUCACUGUUAGGAGGAACAGGGAGACAUGGAUAAAUGGCCACAGCAUGGCCCUCCCAGCCAAGGCCACUGAUGAUGUCUCAGUGAGACUCUCUGAGGAUGGAGUCGUGGUUGAGUUGGCCUCCAAAGUCAAGGUGCUCCUCUGGUCCACUGGGAAAGUGCUGGUGCAAGCCAGUGGCAAUCUGGCAGGAAUGUUGUGUGCCUCCUGUGGGAACUUUAAUGGAAAUAGUGCCGAUGAUCUUCAACUGCCCAAUGGGGAGAUAGCAGGAAGCAUCUCUGUGGUCAUUGAAGCCUGGAAGUCCAUGGACUUCUCUGGCUGGUGA